AUGGAUUCGGAGAUGACGGACAUGGCGUCGGAGGCCAUUGCCAAUGUGGAGCCUGGCAGCUUUCGCCCCUUUGAGGUAACGGCGGUACACAUUAUCUACACUGCCUUGGGCGGCUUCAUCGUCAUAGUGAGUAGCUGGCUCGGGGCAGUCUAGCAAGAGAUUUGGUAUCUCACUCGAUCUUGUUCGGGGCAUGUAAUGCCAACCUGACGCACAAUCAUCGUACCCCCGCAUCAGUUUGGCAUGCUUUCGCUCUUCAUAAAAGAACGACUGUACAUGGGAGAAGCCCCAUUGGCAGCCUUGUUCGGCAUCAUCAUCGGACCGGUAGCCGCGACCAUCUUUGAUCCAACAGCAUGGGGAGGCAAUCACAUGGGCACACCAGGUGGUCACGUCACCAACGAAGUCACUCUGGAAGUGCUCCGCGUAACACUUGCGCUCUCGGUCUUUGCUAUUGGGGUAGAGUUGCCGAAGAAAUACUUGCUGAGGCAUUGGAGGUCCGUCUUCAUCCUAUUGGGUCCGGUCAUGAUCUGGGGCUGGAUGAUCACCGGCUUGCUCAUCUGGGGUCUCAUACCCGGACUAGACUUUCUCAACAGCCUCGUGGUCGCUGCAGCCGUCACUCCCACAGAUCCUAUUCUGGCUCAAGCAGUCAUCGGUGGUCCUUGGGCAGAGCAGCACGUGCCUGCUCACAUACGACACAUUCUCCUUUGCGAGUCGGGCUGCAACGACGGUGCAGCAUUCCCAUUCUUGUUCCUCUCCAUCUUCCUCACCACACACAGAGACAAUACCGGUCGAGCCAUCGCUUUAUGGUUCUACGACGCUUUGGGAUAUCAAAUCAUUCUGGGAACCCUGCUUGGAGCGCUCAUCGGCUUCUUGGCGCGCAAGUUCAUGCGCUUCAGCGAGAGGCACAAGCUCAUCGACAGAGAAUCUUUUGUCGCUCAGUACAUCAGCUUGGCCGUGCUCAGCAUGGGCGUGGGUGUACUGCUGGGCAGCGACGACCUUUUGGGCGCUUUCGCUUGCGGCACCGCUUUCGCUUGGGAUGGAUGGUUCACCCGGCAAACCGAAGAGUCCAACUUCAGCAAUAUUGUUGAUCUGCUCUUCAACGUCGCUUCCUUCGUCUACAUUGGCGCUCUUAUGCCUUUCCACAAUUGGGUCAACGCCGAGAUCGGCUUGACUCUGGGAAGACUGUUCCCUCUCUCCAUCCUCACCUUGCUACUCAAACGCAUACCGCCGAUUCUCAUCCUUUGGAAGUGGAUUCCGGACAUCAAGUCUUUCAGAGAAGCCUUGUUCGCAGCUCACUUUGGUCCUAUCGGCGCUGGAGCACUGUUCAUUUCCACGCUGGCUCGCACAGAGCUGCCAGAAGAGGUCAACUAUCCGCCGGAAAACGGCAUCGAUCAUCUGGCCGCCACUUGCCAAAGCAUCGUUCUCUUCUUCAUUCUCUCCUCCAUCAUCGUACACGGUCUGUCCAUACCCUUUUUCAACUUUUCCAGGCACGCGACGACGAUUACGAGGACUUGGAGCAGGCACGCUUCCAUGCGGCUCACGCAGACGCAAGAGGGCGGCGAACCUGGUUGGCUGCAUCGCGUCAGGAGAUUCAAGACGGGCGAUACUCUCAAGCAUGAAGAGGGACAAAUGUCAGAGAUCGAAAGGGUGCUCAAUGCUCAGCUGGGUGUCAUCGGUAGAGGAGCAAUUGGUGGGGAUGCGGAAAAAGAGCUGCGCAAAGAAGACACUCAGAAUGGGACCUCUAACAGUGCCGAAGGCAGCGGUAGCGGAGCUGAUGAGUCUUCGUCGAGCGGCGGUGAACGAGGUCCAUCGACUCCGUUCGUCGGUCUCCUGAACAAGCGGACCGAAAAAGACCUUGAAAAGGCGGACGAAGAGGAUGUCGACGAUCCUGAGGACUAUGAUGGAGGCUAUACUCACGACCCGUCCAGCGAAUGGGGCGGGGAAGACUGCAUAGAGAUGCGCCGCUACAGGGAGAAGAGAGCGCGAGAAAGGGAAGAGAGACGGGUGAGGGAACGCGCGAAUGAGCAGAGGAAAAGCGGAGACCGGGACGACGCUCGGCGGGCAGAGCAGAGGGAUGCAGAGGACGGAGAUAUUGGUGAAGCGCCCAUGGAUCGAGAGCUUCAUCAAGGUCAAGUACCAGAACCUUUGGCUGACGAUGUUAGGGAAGAGCAGCGCCGAGCAGGCGUGUCUGGUGCGCACGAUGCGCAAGGGGCCGGCUCAGGAGGUACGUACCCAUGCAUGCGCUCGUGGGUGGAGGGCCACAAGCUUCUGCUUGAGUACCAGAAGAGCAGAUCCAGCGAGCCAGAGGUGCACAUUCUGGAGCUGACGGAUGGGGACAGGGAGGCCCUGCACGAAUCCGAGACCCCUGCGCACGCUUGGGUCAGGCAUCACGCAGAGGGCAUAGAGCAGCAUUUGGGCAUUACGGAACACCACGAGUGGACGCCAAAGCAAGCGGUAGCGAACAUCAUACAUCAUGGAAUUGUCGACAAGUACAACGAUCAUAUUCGAUCCACUCGAAAUAAUUCUCAAGGCGGUCAGGCCACGUCUCAAAAGCGUACUACCAGCGCCUCGCCCCAUAGCGAUGACGGUCGCUUUGAGCGAGACGAGCGCGCCGCCCUAAUUUACGGCGGACUUAGCGCCGCUUCUGGCCUCAGGAAUCGCAGGGGCGACUCGAAAAGCCCCACAACGGUAGCUCGAAGAGGCUCAUCUGCACAAGGAUCUGACGAAGGAAAUUCUUCCAGCUCAAAAUCUCCCACGAGGUCAAGCAGCAAAGCUGAGAAAGUCUCGAAGCCAAUGGUGCACUCUACAAGACCGGCUGGUGCGACUGCUGGAAGGCGCUUGUCUUUGCGCAAGAGAUUGUUGGCUGGCCAUAUCAACUUUCAAGGUCGCAGAGGCGGCCAGGACGACGAGGGCUUGGAGGCUCAUGAGGAAGUCAUCAGCGAAGAUUCUGCUUUUUCAGCGCCAGCGUCAGCUCAGACGUCGGCUCCUCGGCCUACGUCCAUCUUCAUGGGUCAAUCGGACGGGGGAGGUAGAUCAGGAGCUGGCUUUCCGCGCACCGACUCCCUCCCUUCGACGCCUCGCUCUGCGACUAGAUUCUUGCCGCGCACUGCCAGUGCGGGCGGCCUGGCCGACGACAGCUAUCAGAAAGGUACUGUGCAGUGGGUAGAUGUGGCGGACAAGAAGCAUGAGCAUGUGCCUGGUCUUCAUCCCGCACCACGCGGAAGGGCAACUAGCGCUGCUGGGAAGCCUUCCUCCAGGUCUGCCUCGCCUCACGGCGCCACGCCGACAGAGGCGGAGAGGUACAGCAAGCACUUAGGACGCACCCGAACAGUAUCUAAUGCUUCUCAAGCCGAAGCUAAGGAUGUCCCGGGCUCUACUGCGAUCGAGGACGAAUCUUCUCCCAGCGGCGGGGGCACCGGCUCUGGACAUGCGCGACGCAGCAAGGGCAGAAUAGGCUCGCUACUCAGUUCACUCACUUCUGCUCGUCAUUCGUCCCAAAACUCAGAUGGAGAGAUGGAAUCACCGCGCACGCCCGUCUCUCGCUUCCUUGCACGGCCAAGCACGCUUUCUGCUGAGCCGGAGCCCAAUCUCCAAGCGGCGCCGCCUCGUGCAGCUACCACCAUGAGCAGCGAGACUGGCAUCCUCUCCAGCGCAAGCCAAUUCGACAAUGUGAAGGCGGACGAGAUGGACGAGCAUUUGAAGUCCUCCUCAACUCCCGGUAGCGCUAGUCAGAGCGUCAUGCUUGACCUACCUGGUCAAGAUGACCCGGUCGCCCCAGGAAGCAGAUACCCUUAG